UACAGCCCCCAUUUACAUCCUCAAUGUACGCAUUUGGUGGUUCAGAUAUCCUUUAUCUUUGGUUAUAUUUAUGCAUAGUGGAUAAUAUAUUUAUAUGGUGGCAUGUAUGAUGAUAUGAUAUUGAGUGAAGAUGCUAUUCCCUCUCCUUUGUUGCUAUGGUUAGCUGCCCCUGUUAGUUUGGAUGAAUUCUACCCUCGGUAUCUCCCAGGAAAGUGAUUUCUCAUCAUUUUUGGCCAGUUUACAAAAGUGAAUAAACAGUGGAAAAGAAAACAGACACCAAUUGUUGACCAGGAUUGUAGGAUUAUCUAAUUUUUCACAUUUUCCUCUCAAUAACUUUCCCUUCAUUGGGAUUAUGCCAUUAAUACCAGGUCUAUCUCUGGUAGGGUUUUUCACUAGGUAUUGGGAUUUUGUUUUGUCUGACAUUAGAAUUCUACCUUCCUUCCAAGCAUGCUUGUGUCAACUCUUAACACUAUUUACAGCUUUCGCGGACGUAAGUUUGAGCAUGCUCUGAAACAUGGAUCAAGAAAUGGUCUCUUUGUUGUUACACUUGGAUGGUUCGUGGAUAGCGCCAGAAGGAAUGUGAGAUUGAGCGAAUCUCUUUAUAGUGUCAAGGGUCUAGGAGAAAAUGGUUUGCCCGUAGAUGAUCCAAACCGACGUGUGCAGUAUGCUGAUAUUGGGAAUUCUUGUAUACGUGUUAGUAUGCUUGAUCAUGCCCAGCAAUCUGACAUGAUUGAAGGACCUGGCCUACGCUCUUUGGAAAAAGAUUCUUGGAUUAUGGGUUCAAGUCUUUCUGGUCACUCCUUAUAUGUAGAUACAGAAAUUUCAGCUGAACUGCAGAGCAAGGCUGUUGAGGCAGCUGCUGGAGAAGGUGCCACAUUGUUAGAUCAAUGGUUCGUUGGUUGCAAUGUGAGUCAUGUAGUGUGCGAAGGACCUUCUGUUCAAAAAUAUCUUGGCCACUCUGACUAUCUUGUUACUCCACUAUGGGUUCUGAAGACUGCAAAGGAAACACGUAUGCAGAGGGUCAUUCACAUAUCUGCUGAUUUGGCUCGAGAAAUUGGAACUAUGCUUGACAGCACUCAAAAUGGCAUUUAUGUGGAGGAACUUAAAGGGGGCAAUGAUCCACGAGAUGCACUGUGUUCCAGAAGUAAGGCAAAUCAUGGAGAAAGGCAAAAUAUAGUGAAUCUUGCUAAAAAUGGGGUUAGGAAGCGCCGAGGUUAUUGUAUGCAGACAUGUCAAACUCCAAUACGUCCAAUCACACCAAGAAGUCUUCUGGAUUCAAUCUGCUGGUCAAUAUCUGCGCCAAGUUCAACUGCGUCUAUAUACACUGACUCUUUCAGCACUGAGGAUGCUAGUGAGCACCACACAUCUGUAUUCUUUGAUGCAAAGGGAGAUGGGAAGGAAUCUGAAGCUUCUUUUGUAAAUUUCUCCCGACCGCUUACAGAAAGUGAGAAAACUGAGUUGAUAUUCAAAAAUCACUUUCUGACAAUACUGUUUCCAGUUGAUAGAUUCUCUGAGAUGGGCCCCUGUUCAAGAACGUUUUUCAGUGAUACAGGCUUCACGUGUUUGCAGGUGUUAGAUCAUAUCUAUGCGUUUUAUCAGGAAAACAUGUCGGCUAAUGAAAUAGAGAUAGCAAUUCACACUGAUUCAAGGCAUGCUGAUCGGCUCCGAUCAGUGUACUCCAGUAAAGAAACGGCAGCACGUGGCUACGUGGAAUUUAAGCGGAUGGAUUUCUUAGGGAGUCGUAGAAGUUUUGAAAUGUUGAAGCGUGUUAAUGGGGAUAACAAUAGCAAUGUCUAUGAGUUAUUGAUCAGAGCAUAACAUCAUCGUGGUACAGUUGGAUGGCUUUUUCCUUGAUUCUGAGUGCUCACCUGUGAAGUGGGGCAAGACAUUGCUGAAUUUAAGCGGAUUGAAAUGUUGAAGCGUGUUAGUGGGGACAACAAUAGCUAUGUCUAUUAUUGAUCAGAACAUAACAUCAUCAUAGUACAGUUGGAUGGCUUAUUACUUGUUUCUGAACAUCAUGGUGUCCUGUGAAGUGGGGCAAUACAUUGCUGCACACUAAAUGCAUUUCUUCGAGCUUGAAGUUUUGGGUUGAAUCUUCAAAUGGAUUAUCAAGGCAGUAUAGGAAACUGCAAAAGUGUUUUCCAGCAUUGAUCUUAGAACUUCCCACUGUGCAGACGUUGCAUUUGGUGUGUCCAUUGUCAAAAAAGAAGUAAUGCCCUUUUACAUUGUCACAUCAGUCAUAGCCUUCAAAUGUAAAUAAAAUUUGUGGCCUCUUCAAGAGGGGAUGAAGGAGACAUCAAGGGUCAAACAUUAUUUGAUAAAAGAAAGUCUUAUAUCUGUCAAGUAUUGGUUCAACUGGUUUAUCCUAGUACAAUGUUUCGAGUUAGCUUAUGGAAUUUUUGCAUCCUAAAGUUCUAUAUGAUCCUGAUGAGAAUACUAUUUGCAACAAUAUGUAUUACUUCAAUUUUAUUUUUAGUUAGCAGC